UCUCUCUCGUCCAUUAAUUUCCAAGAAACGAGAAACCCACCAUUUUUUAGCCUGCGCCCAGCACUACAAUAUCAUCAAUAUCGAAUCUUGAUGCGUAAUCGGCGGUCGGUCACCUUUUCCCUUUUCUUCAGGUUUUAAAAUUUUGUCCGUGUGUUUGUGGGUUUGUGAGAAGCAAAACUCCAUUCAGCCACUGCUUUUGGCGGUUCUUACGGUUGGCAUCUCUCUCUUUAGAUCUUCUCUGUGGAUUCAUCAAGUUCAAGCUUCAUUCGACAACAAGACCGUGCUUGGAUCACCGAACACGUUUCAUUUAUGCUUGUGAAGGUGCAGGGUCGAAGCUCGUUCAUGAGUCGGUGAUGCUCUGAUAGAUAUUUUCGUUGACUGAGGAAAUUGGAGUUAGGUGUUCACGAAUCUCUAGAUUCCGGAUCCAAGUUUCAAGAUUAGAAGGCACCUUGGAACAUUUUGGCUUUUUGUAAGAGAUAUACGGUGAAUUGGGAAUUCCGCAGUUGUGUUUUGUGGGCUUGAUCCACUGCUGCUGCAACCAUGGCGAUCGACCCUGGCUCCAUCUUUAGCAAAUUGGGAGCAUUCACAUCCGACCACGAUUCAGUUGUGUCGAUGAACCUCUUUGUUGCACUGCUUUGUGCUUGUAUUGUGAUUGGUCACCUGUUGGAGGAGAACCGAUGGAUGAACGAAUCAAUCACAGCCCUCGCAAUUGGUCUUUGCACUGGAGUUGUUAUUCUGCUUACUACUGGAGGAAAGAGUUCCCAUCUUCUAGUAUUCAGUGAAGAUCUUUUCUUUAUCUAUCUUCUUCCACCCAUCAUAUUUAAUGCCGGCUUCCAGGUGAAGAAGAAGCAGUUUUUCCGCAAUUUUAUGACAAUCAUGCUCUUUGGUGCAGUUGGAACUCUGAUAUCCUUUGGCAUCAUUUCGUCAGGUGCCAAAUACAUUUUUGAGGUAUUGAAUUUCCAUCAACUGGAUAUAGGAGAUUAUCUUGCAAUUGGAGCAAUAUUCUCUGCUACAGAUUCUGUCUGUACCUUGCAAGUCCUUAAUCAGGAUGAAACUCCCUUGUUGUAUAGUCUAGUGUUCGGAGAAGGUGUUGUAAACGAUGCUACUUCAGUGGUUCUUUUCAAUGCGAUUCAAAAUUUUGAUCUAUCCCACAUCAACUCAAGCAUAGCAUUGCAGUUUGCUGGCAAUUUUUUGUACUUAUUUAUCCUGAGUACAUUGCUGGGAGUUUUGACUGGAUUGCUUAGUGCUUAUAUCAUCAGAAAACUCUACUUUGGCAGGCACUCAACUGACCGUGAAGUUGCUCUCAUGAUUCUCAUGGCAUACAUGUCAUAUAUGCUGGCUGAACUCUUUUACUUAAGUGGCAUCCUCACCGUAUUCUUUUGUGGAAUCGUCAUGUCACACUACACAUGGCAUAAUGUCACUGAAAGUUCAAGGGUAACCACCAAGCACACUUUUGCAACAUUGUCAUUUGUUGCUGAGAUUUUUAUCUUCCUUUAUGUUGGCAUGGAUGCCUUGGACAUCGAGAGAUGGAGAGUUGUCAGCAAUAGUCCCAAAAUAUCACUCCAGUUUAGCUCCAUAUUGUUGGGACUGGUUCUGAUUGGAAGAGCGGCCUUUGUUUUCCUCCUGUCAUUUUUAUCCAACUUGACUAAGAAAUCAACGCACGAGAAAGUUAACAUCAGGCAACAGGUUAUAAUAUGGUGGGCGGGUCUUAUGCGCGGUGCUGUGUCCAUGGCUCUUGCUUACAAUAAGUUCGCGCUGUCCGAGACAAAAGAUAGGAAGAAUGCGUUUAUGAUCACCAGUACUAUCACGGUCGUUCUAUUCAGCACGGUGGUGUUCGGGCUGAUGACCAAACCUCUCAUCCGGCUCUUGCUUCCUUCACCUAAGCACCUAGUCCGCAUGGCUUCCUCCGAGCCAACUAGCCCCAAGUCGUUCAUCGUGCCACUCCUCGGCAAUGGCCAGGCCACAGAGAGCAACCAAAGCGUCCCACGGCCAUCGAGCUUACGCAUGCUUCUAACGACCCCUACUAACACCGUGCACUACUACUGGCGGAAGUUCGACAACGGGUUCAUGCGCCCCGUGUUUGGAGGGCGAGGUUUCGUGCCCUUUGUCCCCGGAUCACCGACUGAUCGCAGCAAUCAUCAAUGGCAAUAAGGCCAGACUGAUGAAACAGCUGGUUUCUGAUGUAAAUUGGGUUGGAAAAAGCCGUACGCUCAUCUCCAGAAGCGCGCAUGGCGGAUCGAGAGCAGUUUAAUGAGCAUGGGGGGUGCUUGAAUUGUGAUCCUAGAGGGGGUACCCUUAAAAUUUUGUGUCUGAUAUGGUGGUGCAAGCGAGUGAUUUUUUUGUAGUUCAAGCAUUUGUAGCUAUUUGCUUUUAGAAAUCUUGUGAAAAAGGUUUCGUGCAUGCUUUUUGUAAUAUCGUCGCUGGUUUUUGCCUGUAAAUUUUCUGGUUCGAGUGCCAUUCUAGUCAUACACCAAAGUUUCAUUCCCAAAAAUUCUUGAGUUGUCAUUAUUGUUAUUG